ACCUCUGGGUUCCUGUAGCCAGGCUCUUCCUCAGCUUUCGCGGCAUUUUUUAAAGUCUUUUUGCAUUUAUCAUCAUCGUGCAGAAAAGACAACACAAUGGAGGAGUACGACACUGCAACAGAUUCUCUUGAAUUGAUCUGGAACCUCGCUGAGGAAGAGUGUAAUCAGAAGGAGCCUGCAGAAAUAGACGAAGAGGUGUCGGAGGAAGAGGACAACACCGAGCAAGAUCUGGAUUACGCGUCCACCGAUGAAGAGGAGGACCCGAGCGAUGAAGAUAUAAGAGAGAAACCUACGAAUGAUAACUUUAAAUCAAAGGAUGGAAACAUGGAGUGGUCUGCAGAGCCUCCCAUUAUUAAACGGGGGAUGCACAGAGCAGAGAGACUAAGAGGUCAGCCAGGUCCGACACUUUAUGCAGUGUCACGUGUCGACACAAUAAAGUCCGCAUUUGAGCUGUUUAUAACACCGUCCAUUGAAAAUAUCGUGCUGGACAUGACCAACCUGGAGGGGCGACGUGUGUUUGGCACCAAGUGGACUGACCUGGACCGAGUAGACCUGCAGGCAUACUUCGGUUUGUUGAUUCUUGCUGGUGUGUUUAGAUCCUGUAAAGAAGCUUCGGCCAGUUUGUGGGAUGCCCAGCAUGGCAGAGCAAUUUUUCGUGCAACCAUGCCACUCAAGAUGUUUUACGCGAUCUCAAGAGUGAUUCGGUUUGAUAAUCGGGAGACAAGGAAAGCACGCCGUGGAUGGGACAAACUUGCAGCCAUUAGAGAUGUGUGGGACAAGUGGGUGUGUCGCCUGCAGCUGAUAUACAAUGCAGGCGCUGAUGUGACCGUGGACGAGCGCCUGGUGUCCUUCAGAGGCUGCUGUGCCUUCAAGCAAUACAUUCCGAGCAAACCAGGGAAGUAUGGCAUAAAGAUCUGGACAGCAUGUGAUGCCAGGAGCAGCUACGCCUUGAACAUGCAGGUAUACACUGGCAAACCUGCUGAUGGACAACCGGAGAAGAAUCAGGGGAUGCGUGUGGUGCUGGAGAUGACAGAAGGUCUCAAGGGACGAAAUAUCACAUGUGACAACUUCUUUACCUCGUAUGCGCUCGGCCAGAAGCUGCUGAAGAGAAAGAUGACCAUGGUGGGAACUGUGAGGAAGACCAAGGCUGAGCUUCCCAUGGCACUGCUGGUGACGAAAGGCAGGACUCGGUUCUCUUCCAGGUUUGCCUUCACUGACACACAUGCUCUUGUGUCCUACCUUCCCAAGAGGUCUAGGAAUGUGCUUCUGAUGAGCACCCUUCACAAGGACGCAGCUGUCAGCAACAGGGAGGACAAGAAACCCCACAUUAUCCUGGACUAUAACAAGAACAAAGGAGGAGUCGACAAUCUCGACAAGGUUACCGCUGUGUACAGCUGUAAAAGGAUGACAGCCCGUUGGCCCCUGGUGGUCUUCCACAACAUUCUCGAUGUGACUGCCUACAACUCCUUCGUACUGUGGACAGAGAUCAACCCAGCAUGGCACCCGGGGAAGUCUCAGAAGAGGAGGCUGUUUCUCGAGGCGCUCGGGAGAGAACUGGUGGAGCCUCUCAUAAAACGACGCCGGGUUCUUCCCCGCACCCCAGCCUCUGUCAGCGUGGUUUUGGAUGUCCAGCGGGGUGCAUCCUCUACCUCUGCAGGAGCUUCCCCCAGCCCCAGCCCCACCAAGGCUGCCCGCCCCAGCCCCAUCAAGGCUGCCCGCCCCAGCCCCAUCAAAGCUCCUCCUCCCAGCCCAUCGGCCAAAAGGAAGAGGUGCCGAUUCUGCCCCUCCAAGAAAGACAACAAAACGAGCAUCAGGUGCCAAAAAUGCUGUGUGAAUAUUUGCAAAAAACACACCAUUACACUCUGCCACUUAUGCAGAUGAAGGCAUACUCACACACACACACACAUAUACACACACAGACACACGUUUUUCUAUGCUUUUGUAUUCUGUGAAGUUUUUUUUGUCUUAGUUAAAGUUAAAGCAAAAAGUUUAACCAAAUCUUUUAGUUUAGAGAUAAAUGUUGUCUGUGCUUUGUAAAAGAAAAAAAGUUCCUCUUUGUUUACGGUCUGUUGUUUCUAAAUAAAGUUCCAUCAUUGAACUCUGA